AUGUGCGAUAACAAGGAAAAGUCGAACGAACUUCAAGUAAUUAAAGCGAAUGUAUGCGAGUUAAUUAAUGCAAGAGGAAAGUACAUUCAGAUAAACAAGGUCGAUGCUCAAACAGGGGUUAGCGAAGUUAUACAAAGGUCUGAAUUGUCUGUCCCUGAAGUGAGACAUAUGGGAAAUCGUCCAACAGUUGCUGAAAGUAUACAGUUCAACAAUAAUAGUCCUUGUCGUGUGAAAGAAUUUGCCGCAGACGUAUGUAUUUUAGACUGUAAGGAAAACGAUAAAAGUAUCUCGGACAUUAGCGUAAUCAUGCAUGAGGAUAGGCGAACAAUAGAAACUAAACAACCGCACAAAAACGAAGAUAAAAGGCCGAAACCUCAUAAUACAAAUUUAUGUAAAAAUGCAGCGCCUAACCUUUCUUCCGACGUCCGCAAUAACGAUAAGCAACAUGGCGAUUUACAUACAUCUAAUACAUCCUUAAAUAACAAUCCCAAUAAUGAAGUUCCUAGCCCGCAACGACAAAAUUCUACUAUUCCCGUUCGCAUUACUAACAGAGGCCAUGUAACACCAAAUCGAACAGAACCCUUUCAAACCCGUAAAAAAUAUGUCCGAAGUUGUGCCCACAACAAUCAACGAUCUAAUGGCGGGCCAUUGGGGUCUCAUUAUGGACCGUUGUGUAGCACGAAUCUGAAUGAAUCUAAUGUAGAUUUUUUCGUACAGUACCUGUGCGGAAACCGAAAGAUCCUUGUUUGCCCAGGAAAAUAUUGA